CGUCCCUCCUUCCUUCCUUCCUUCCUUCCUUCCUUCCUUCCUUCCUUCCUUCCGCGGGCCGAGCGGCCCCCCGUGACCGGCGCGGGCCGGGAGCCGGCGGGAUGAGCAUCGAGAUCCCGGCGGGGCUGACGGAGCUGCUGCAGGGCUUCACGGUGGAGGUGCUCAGGCACCAGCCCGGGGACCUGCUCGACUUCGCCCUGCAGCACUUCACCCGCCUCCGCCAGGAGAGCCGGGCCGGGGCCGGGCCGGGGGCGGCGGCGGGGGCGGCGGCGGGGCCGGGGGCGGGGGCCGGGGCCGGGGCCGGGCCGGGCGGGGGCCGGGACGGCCAUGGACAUCCCCGGGGGGGCCCCGACGCCCCCGCCGCCCCCGGCAGAGGGGUCAACUUCGCCGAGGAGCCCAUGCACACCGACUCCGAGAACGGGGACGAGGACGCGGCGGCCGCCGCCAAGGCCGGCCUGGGGGCCACCGAGUUCACCGCUCCAGUAAUAAAUCGAUUCACCAGGAGGGCAUCGGUUUGUGCAGAAGCUUACAAUCCAGAUGAAGAAGAGGAUGACGCAGAGUCCAGGAUCAUUCAUCCCAAAACAGAUGAUCAGAGAACUAGAUUGCAAGAAGCUUGCAAAGACAUCCUUCUCUUCAAGAACCUGGAUCCGGAGCAGAUGUCUCAGGUAUUAGAUGCCAUGUUUGAGAAGUUGGUCAAAGAAGGGGAGCAUGUCAUUGAUCAAGGUGAUGAUGGUGACAACUUCUAUGUAAUUGAUCGAGGCACGUUUGAUAUCUACGUAAAGUGCGACGGAGUCGGAAGAUGUGUCGGUAACUACGAUAACCGGGGCAGCUUUGGGGAGCUGGCCUUAAUGUACAAUACACCCAGGGCGGCGACCAUCACCGCUACGUCUCCUGGCGCUCUUUGGGGAUUGGACAGAGUUACCUUCCGGAGAAUAAUUGUAAAAAACAAUGCCAAAAAGAGAAGAAUGUAUGAAAAUUUUAUCGAGUCUCUGCCAUUCCUUAAGUCUUUAGACGUAUCCGAACGUCUGAAAGUGGUGGAUGUGAUAGGCACCAAAAUAUAUAAAGAUGGAGAACAAAUCAUCGCUCAGGGAGACUUGGCCGAUUCUUUUUUCAUUGUGGAAUCUGGAGAAGUGAAAAUUACCAUGAAAAGGAAGAACAAACAAGAGGUGGAAGAGAAUGAUUCAGUAGAAAUAGCUCGAUACUCCAGGGGACAGUAUUUUGGAGAACUUGCCUUGGUCACAAAUAAACCUCGAGCCGCUUCUGCUUAUGCGAUUGGGACUGUCAAGUGUUUAGCCAUGGACGUGCAGGCAUUUGAAAGGCUUUUGGGGCCCUGCAUGGAAAUUAUGAAAAGGAACAUUGCAAACUAUGAAGAACAGUUGGUUGCCCUUUUUGGAACCAACAUGGACAUUGCUGAUCCCAGCGCCUAAAGCGAAAUGGCUGAACAUCGCGACCCGAUAUCACAGAACAGCACAGUGGGUGACGCGGUGACAUCGUGCAGAAGGUGGGGGAAGCCUCCUUGGCCCCACCGAAUGUACGGAGCCGUCCCCCCGCCCCUCACCCCCUCGAGAAGGUGGAAGUUUAGGCCGGGCUGCGGGUUGUGAGUGUUGACGUCCUCCUGAGUAGCAGAGGCAUUCGGGACAGCAGCGGCGGCAAGAUCAGAGCCGGGACCUUAGUGGUCUCGUGGGAAAUCCGCUACAAUCCACAGCUUCCCCCUGAAGAGAUGAGUUCAACUACCAUAACAAAGUAUUCCAUUUUCAACCCCUCAGAACAACAUUGAGGAAACGCGGAAAAAUGCCCAGUGUCCCAUGAAAACCAGACACUGGCAGAGCUACGGUAGAACCCGGACGGGCUUUGACCCGAUGGUCCUUGUAUAUAAAUCGGAAACCUCAAAGGCCAAUUGGAUGGCUGCUCGAACGGUGAAUUGUUCUAUUAGGUUGUCUGCUCCAGGUUCGAUGUAUACUUCCGUCUUAAUUUUCUUGAAAAACAAGUUUGAAAACACCAUGUAUUUAUAUACCUGAGUGUCUUGAGUCUAUAGUUAAUGUAGGCAAUUUGAAAAUUUGUACCAUCACCCGUGAAUAAGAAACUCUGUGAUUGAAGAACGUUUAAAUGUAUAUACAGUAUCUCAAGUUAUAUAAAAUAUUUAAAGGCACAACUUCUGCCAAAUUUGAAAACAGUGUUAACACUUUUUACACGAGUCUCUUCGUAUUAUGGAAAAAACUCACACACGUGAUAACUUGCCCACCUUUGUACUUUCGAUUUUAUUAAAGAUGUUAUGUCCGUAAUACAAGAAUACACCUAGUUAAAAAAAAAAAAAGUUCUCCGUUCAUUCUGUAGAUUUAAUUGCAUACAAGUUACCUAUUUUAUUGCACUAGCUUAAUGUGAGUUAUUCAGAGAAUUACAAAAGAAUACGCGUACGACUAAAAGUUCUGAUCAAGAUUGUAAAUGCCAGCCGCAAUAUUUUCAGUAUUGUUGGUUAUCUUUCAAGUUUCCUUACAAUAAAACACACUUUUAUAGUUAAAA